GCAAGGUGCAAGUGCAAGCAGAAGAAAAAGUAAAAAGAUCAGCGUCUGGCCUGCAGUUGUAGAUUUUUCCUUGUGAUAUUUUCUUUCCCUUACUCACUGAGUGUUUCCUACGUAUUUUUAAUGAUUACGUGAAAGCAUCAGCCUCUACCAUAUAAGGUUGGCCGGAGAUGAGAGUCACUCAUAUUCUCAACAUUCUUGGUCUGUUCAUUGGCAACAUUUUUGAGAUUUUAGCGGCCAAAAAUGGGAAAAUCAACCGACCACCACAGUUUGUCCCCGGCGGAGACAUGGCCAGAUUCUCUUUACCAGAAGAUACACAUGCUGGAACAGCAGUCUACAAGCUUCUUGCCUCGGACCCAGAGAGCACCACUCUACAUUUCAGUAUUAGUGGAGAGUAUUUUAGUGUCGAUAGGAAUACAGGUGUCGUGACUCUUUUAAAACCGCUGGACAGAGAGGAAGUCGAUUCGCUGGAAGUUAUUAUCAGUGUUACAGAUGAACCAAUAGGAGGUGCAGAGGCAAAUACUGUGUCAUUACGGAAAGAAAUUCCUGUAAUUGAUGUAAAUGACAACAAACCUGUGUUUCUCAAUCGACCAUACGUCUUCUCUGUCUCUGAAGUGACAAAAGUCGGCACGACAUUGUUUUCCAACAUCACCAUCACGGACAAAGAUCAAGGGCUGAACGCAGAAGUAGUUUUAAGUUGUGUUCAGAGCGAUGCAUGUCAAUAUUUCUCUCUCUCCACAGAGAAGGUUGGAGAAGGUGAGUUUAUGGGAAUUGUAACACUUGCGCAACCUCUGGACUUUGAAAAACAGUCAGCACAUAGUUUGAUGAUAAGAGCAACUGAUUCAAACCCCAAAAAGAGGUUAUCAUCAACAGCCAAUAUUGCAAUCAAUGUGUUAGAUGUACAAGAUCAACCUCCUGUUUUUGUAAAUGCACCAUAUUCAGCCACCCUCAAAGAAAACACUCCAGAGGCUCAAGACGUUCUCACAGUCAAAGUUCAAGAUGGAGACGCAUCAAAUCCAAGGCCAAUCACCCUAUCCAUCGAGAAUGAUAAUCUUCACUACUUCACCUUAGUAGAAGCGGAAUCAGGUGUAUUUGUCAUUCAAACCAGUGAAAUUCCCAUCGAUAGAGAACACCCAAGCAUAUUGGAAAAUGGCGGUGUCUACACCUUUAAUCUCAGGGCAACUGAGCUCAUCAACGGACUGUUGCCGAGUGAUACUAGCGUUGAACCUGUAACAAUUGUAGUGACAGAUAUAGAUGAUCAAAAACCUGUUUUCAACCAACAAAAUUUUUACAUCAAUGUCUCAGAAAGCAUAAGUAUUGGAACCCCUUUACCUGGCCUUAGCAUGACAGUCAGCGACAAUGAUGUGGGAGAAAAUGCCCGUUAUAUUUUGGCCUUGGAUAAUCUGGAUCAUCGGAUAAACCAGUGGUUCAAAGUUGAACCAGAAGCUGCAACUGGCCACACCCCCGUAGUAAUUCGUGUCAUCAAUAAUAAGGGGCUGGAUUAUGACCGUGGUGUCAAAAAAUUACAGAUCUCUGUUGUGGCUUACGUUGAAAGUGAUUGGGGAGUGUUUGAUGUUGGAGCCACUGCCGAAGUAUUCCUCAACAUUCUGGAUGCCAACGAUAACGCUCCGCAAUUCUCUGAGGAAAAUUAUUCCUUCACCAUCCCCGAGGAUACCCCUCUUCAAACAAUGGUUGCAAACCUCACAGCAACAGACGCUGACAGUGGGGAUUUUGCCAAGAUCAGCUAUGUUCUACGUGGGUUCGGCAUGGACAAAUUCUACUCUGACCAUCAAAUGGGCGGGCUGUAUGUGGCUAACAAAUUGGACUAUGAGAAACAGAAAUCGUAUUCAUUAAGCCUGGAGGCCAAGGAUGGAGGUGGACUUGUUACUGCAGUGAAUAUCUUAGUUCAUCUGAGUGAUGUCAAUGAUAACGCUCCAGAAUUUGAAGCAAACGAGUACCGUCGUUCAGUCAGGGAAGGAGCUUCAUCUUUCCAACCUCAAUUUUUUGUCAAGGCCAUGGAUCGUGAUACAGAAGCCAAUGGCAAAGUAUCUUACAGUAUCAUUCAGUCGAAUUCUGAAGUGAUCUCUGUCAAGGAGGAAACGGGUGAAAUAUUCUUAAUCCAGCCUGCAAGUUCCAGUCACACUUCCCGAGGACAAUAUGAACUAGUCAUUCGUGCCACUGACCAUGGUACUCGGCCUCUCCACACAGAUGUUCCUGUGUUUGUGCACGUAGGUGUGUCAGGAAAUCAAAGGCCUGUUUUCAAAGGAGCACCAUACAAUGUCACCAUUCGAGAAAAUGCACAACCUUUGUCACCAGUCAUUGCUGUGCAAGCAACUGACCCAGACGGCCCUGAUAAUCAGAUCGAAUACAGGAUUGCAAACAGUGCAGACAAUUUUCACAUUAACUCAACGACUGGUUUGAUAUCUGUUUCCAAGAAAGCAAUAUUAGAUUUGGACGUAUCUAAAACAUCUCAAUAUGCAGUUCAAGUGAUGGCUAUAGAUAAUGGCUCGCCUCUAAGAGAAACAGCCCAGACAACAGUUCUAGUCAAUAUAUUUGAUGUUAACAAUAAGCCUCCAGAAUUUUUAUCGAAUGCAAACCAAAAUGUUUACAUCUCAGAAAAAACGCCUAUAGGUGAGGCUAUUCUCAAAAUGGAGGCAGUGGAUCCAGAUUCAAAUCAUAAUUUGGGAUACUACAUUGUAGAGCCGAUUAAAGUUUUUGAUAAAACUGGUCUCACUCCCAAAGAAACUCGAGGAUUUGAUCUCAAGAAUGCUUUCAGGAUCAAUGAAAGCAGCGGUGAGUUACAAGUGAAUUCCACGCUUGAUCAUCAAGCUGCUGCAGUAAUCAUCCUUACAAUUGAAGUUCGAGAUAAAAAUGCAGAGGAGAAAAUCGAAGAGCAGUUUGCUCGAGUGGAAGUGUCAGUAUACAUUCAACCACAUAAUGAAGAGAACCCUGUGUUCUUGGUGGGUGGGUGGACAUCUUCAGACCCGAUCAUCAAAGUCACAACGCCAGAGGAACAAGCAGUUGGAACGACAAUAUUACAAAUAAUUGCAACAGACCCCCUCACUGAUGAGCCAAUCAGAAGUUUCCGAGCACUGACGGCUCUGCCGAGACAGCUUGCAUUAGACCAAGCUGGCAACUUGUUAUUGACAGAGAGGUUGGAUUAUGAAGUCAUAGGCAAUACGACCCUCAGCCUGAGACUUCAAGCUAUUUCGGAGGAUGAUGAACGGUACACAGAUGCAUUAGUUCUAAUUAAAGUUGAUGAUGUCAAUGAUCAUCAACCGGAAUUUGUUCAUAAGAGAUUCACCGGAUCUGUUGUUGAAUCCGCAAACAAAGGCACUUUUAUCCUAAAAGUUCAAGCAACAGACGGAGAUUUGCCAGAUUCUCCGUAUGGUUAUGGAACCAUAAGUUACUCACUCAGCGGAGAGCACUCAUCUUUAGUCAGCAUAAAUAAUGAAACAGGAGAAAUUAAAGUAGCAGGUGAUACCAUCGAUAGAGAAAAGAUGCAGGUUCUGCGAUUAAUUGUCACUGCUGUCGAUACUCCACUCAACCGUGAAAAACAGCGACGUGUAUCGGCACCUGUGAUCAUAGAAGUUGUGGACAUAAAUGAUAAUGCUCCUACUUUUUCAUCCAGUCAGUACUCAUUUGUAGUUUUGGAAAAUGUCCCUCUGGAUACAAGUGUCUUGAAUAUAAGCGCAACUGAUCCUGACAGUGGUGACGGUGGCCGAGUUGAGUAUGAGCUGGUUGAUACAAGUGAAGCUGCUGGACUAUUUUCUAUAAAUUCUCAAACUGGGGAGUUAAAAACAGCUCAACAGCUGACGGGAAAAGGUCGAGCUGAAUCGUAUGGUAUCACAAUCAGAGCCCAAGAUGCAGGUACUCCUAGUCUUUUCACAGACGUCAUUGUCAAAGUUUACAUCGGAGAUGUUAUCUCUAACGAUGGUGUUCCCUCAAUUAUCCAUCCAGCUUUGGGUGAAGUCGCAUAUAUUUCAGAGAAUGCUUCCAUUGGAACCCCAGUUUUCAAAGUCGUUGCAUCAGACCCUGAUGAUCCCAACUCUCCGGAGGGCAGACUAAUGUACAGUUUCCUUCAAGAUGGGUCGGAUUCAUUAAAUUUUUUCAUUGAUGCUGACACAGGACGCAUCACUACACGAGCUCUCUUAGAUCGAGAAACAAAAGAAAAAUACUCGCUUUUAUUAGUUGUACAAGAUUCUGGAAGUGUUCCCCAGCAAACCACGCAAGUUUUAAAUAUUAUUGUCACAGAUGUUGAUGAUCACAAACCCAUCUUCAAACGUGCCAUCGAUGAAUCACCAGUGCGUUUAGAGAUCCUAGAGGAAUCAAUGCCUAAUUCUAUCAUUGGCACUGUCAAAGCUGUUGAUUUAGAUGUAGGAGAUAAUGCAAAUAUUGGCUAUCUGAUAACAUAUGGUAAUGAGAAUGACCUAUUCGCCAUAAAUCGAACGGAGAACAACACUGGUUUGAUAACAGCAGUUGGACGACUAGAUCGAGAGUCAGUUGCGGAACAUUUGCUGACAAUCAAGUGCUUCAAAUUAAGUGAUACGCCAUCAAGUCUGAGGAAAGCUUAUAGUCGACAGGACUUUAGUGAAAUCCAAGUCCGCAUCAUUGUUCUUGAAAUUGACGAUAACUUGCCACAGUUUCAAAAAGGAAAUAUCACCGUUGGCGCUCGUGUGAAUGUUCCAAUCGAUACUUUACUUCUAACUCUGCAAGCGGUGGACAUUGAUUAUAAUCCAGACCCAAUUACCUACAGUGUCAAGAAUUGGACAUUUGUCUCUGGAUUUAAUAGUUUGGUCGAAGUUCCUAACACUCCUCUUCCGUUUCACCUCAAUUCCCAAAAUGGGGAGCUUCGAACGUCAGCCAGCAUGAUUGACUACAUGAAUGGUCAUUUCAUUUUAAAUGUCUCCGCCAGGAAUAGUGACGAUGAGGGGAAAGAAUCCUUUACAACAGUAAAGAUUUAUGUGGAGAGAGAUCGUGUUUUACUCAAGUUCAUUUUCUUGAGACCUCCGACUGAAAUCAAAACAAACCUCCCCAAUUUCACGGAGGAAGUUGAGAAAGCCCUGGCAUUGAAAUCAUCUCAGUUGAAUAUUUAUGACACACAGUUUUACGAAAAAGAAGAUGGAAGCUUGGAUUUCAGCAGCACAAGCUCAUGUUUCCAGUUGUUGAAUCAAGAUAACUUAGAUUUAAAUGAAGUUCAUGCCAUUUUACGUGACACCUCCAAUAAUGAACUCAAAAGAGUUUAUGACAAGUAUCAAGUUGCAUCUGUUCAGCGCUGUGCUCCACAAUUGUUACGGGCAGAAGUUAAGUGGUCCCAAAUCGCCGUGCUUGGAAUAGCUUGUUUUAUUGGCAUAGCUGCACUGAUAUCCAUUUUUGUUCUAUGCUGUGCAUACAACAGAUGGAAGAAAAUGAGGUGAUGAAUGGUCAACCGUAACUUCAUCACAACCAGCUAAUUGUACGUAUUCUUUUACGUAGCCAUUAUUUUGAAACUUUCUUGCCGUACUUCUCUGGAUCUCACAAUCCUUGCCAAUUUUCAACCUUUUGUGUUAACGCAAAAAAUUGAUGCAUUGCAAAUUGUAAAAAUUGUAUUGCAAAAAUUAUUUGUGUACUUUGUUUCAAUAAGUUCUUGUAAGAAUCACAAAUACGUUUCGAAUUUACUCAUAAAAGGCUUAAGACAUCCUCUCUUAAUGUUCUUUUUACUAACUCUCUAUGGCUUGAUGGUACUUAUUUGUAAAAACGCAUUUUUAGGUUUUUAAAAAUUGCACUAUUUCUCCGAAGCAUGAUGUUGCAAAUUUUUAUCACUGUCUUCUUUAUUGGAAAAAUGAUUACAAAAAUUUAUAAAGUUUUUGACAUUAUGUUUUUACGAAAGCUACAGCCGAGAUUUGCAUGUCUCAGAAUCUGAGACCCAAAAUUAAUUCAUGCCAUAGAGGGUUAAGAUGGCCUUUUACUAUUUAAAUCAUCAUUAUUAUGCCAUUAGUUUUCGGGCCAUUUGUUCCAUAGCUCAAAAGUUGAGAGAAUCUGUCUCAAUUGACAACCUUUGAUCAGGGAUCCUAUUAAACCUAACCUACAAUUUUGAGAGCUACUAUAAGCAAUUAACAGACUUAAAUAGAGAGCAGAAAGAAAACUUUAGAAUUGUCUGCAGUCUAUUUGUCAAAAGCACUUACCAGGAAUUUUGAAACUCUGUAGGAGGACUAAGUAAAAUAGACAAAAAUGGACUGUUUUUUUAGUACAUAUUUUGUUAUCUCUGAAUGAGUACAAAACUGUAAGCCUCCUCUCUCCCCUUUUUCACUCCCAUUGCCCCGUUCCUCUAUCUCAGUGCCCGCUCUUUCAAGUUGGAAUGAGAGGUAUUUCAGUCAUCAGUUAGCUCUUUGUACUCUUUUCAGUGAGCCACUUCAAUCUAAUGGAAGAUUGGCUCGUGUUUAGUUAUUUCCUUUUGAUUCAACAUGUUGGCAAUGGCGUCAGGUGCCAGCGACCAACAGCGAAUAUUGAGCUGUAAAAUCAGAAAUCCGUCCGUCCACAUGUUGUGAUCUCAUAGCUCCUCAAAACAUCUCAAAGACAUGUUUUCUGGCUCUGUUUUUUAAACUUUCAGGUGAUUUUUUCAAAACUUAGUUAAAAAACGAGGUAGACUAAGUUUUGGGCAUGUGUCAAAUGCUUGCACCUGAUAAUGCGCCUGUUCCACGAUUAUGUUACCUGAACAGCACGUCAAUUGCCAAUAUAUUAAUCAAAAAUAAAAUGAUUAGCCAAUUGAUAUCUGAGUUUCUGAAAACCUUGCCACAGAGCAAUAAUAUUUGUUUCGUCAUGGGUGCUGAAACAUUUUGGACAAGCUUUUUGCUUAAUUAAAUGUCGAUGAAAGAUCAUCAAAACUACCUUGGCAAUAGUCUGAUAACAUUUUUCCUUGGUGGUCAGGAGGGGCUCAAAUUUAACAAAUUUAAGACCAAAACAUGCCGAAUGCACCUGUCCCCUCCUCACCAGCGCAUAAUCAGCAAUUUUAUUGGAUCGGUGAUUAUAUGUCUGCCAGUUAUGAGCCAUGUCUUAAAUGGUCUGUAGAUUUAGAAUUUGAAAGUGUAAAGAUUUUUUAGGUGCUUUGACGACAGCAAGCUUCUUUUUUCCUCUCUAGUUAUUCCAUCUUGCCAUAAAUAUAAGGUUUAAUGCAAUGAGGUGUUCUGUAUCUUGGGCUUUUGCUCAUUUUUAAACAUCUUUUCCACUGCCAAAGAACUGUGGAUAGUGGUUAGUACUUAUUUGUAGUAAAUAAUUGUGAUAUUAUUGACUUGAUUUUAUUAGUGUCUUUUACUACUCAUGAACAUUCCUAAACUUUUUUUUUUGCAUUUUCCUUGACUUCGAUUGCAGUUUUUACAUUCAAAAUCAUGUCUUGGUCUGAACGUAACACAUUUUUUUUGUUAAGAUCCUAAGUAUUUGUAUUUUUGGAUUUUAAGUGCUCUUUAACAACACUUAAAAGCCCUUAGUUUCAAAUAUAUUGGUGACUCAGGUUUAGAUUAACAUGUCACCACUGCAACAUUGCAAUAUGUCUGCUCGUAUUUACUACUCUCCAAAAAAAUUUGAUUGACAAUAUCCUUGAAGACAUGCUGUGAUUUCUUCUUUCUUUACUUUCUUUUCUUCCCUUUUUUUAAUCUUCUUGCAUAGGAUUUUUUUCUGAACAUCUUGAGUGAUACCAUCGUAUGGUU